AUGGAGCCGACGAAACAGAGGCCCUGCGCCAUUGAAAGCAAUGACCAUGCGGAAUGCCCUUUCUUUGUGAAGAUAGCCGCGGCAUGUAUGGAUGAGCACCAGUUGCCUCAGAAGCGUAAGCGCGGUCGCCCAGACAAACAAGAAUACUGUUUUCAGAGGUCGCCGUUCACUCCCAGUGGAAAAUUCAACUCAUGUGAGAGCUUAGAUGUGUUAUACUCUAUCAGGCCGCGCAAGAAGUGGUCUACUAUGACUCGCUACCGGAGUUUCGUUUUACAUCAUAUCAAAUAUGGCAGUGGCGACUUUGUCUAUGUCGCCAACGAUAGAAGUCUCAGUCAAGAAGAUGCUGCCAAAAAAGACUCUGAUCAGAUGUGUGAGCUGCACUGGAUAGCAAAGAUUCUCGAGAUUAGAGCCUUGGACGACACUCAUAUUUAUGCGCGAGUAUACUGGAUGUACUUGCCAGAUGAUCUUCCUGAGAAUACUCUCGACGGCCAGAAGGUAGUAUCGGGGCGACAGCCUUACCACGGUCAGAGGGAGUUAAUGGCUUCUAAUCACAUGGACAUCAUUAACGUUAAUAGUAUUGUCGGUCAAGCAACUGUCGACCAAUGGAUGGAGUUUAAAGAGAAAUCUGAAGAAAAUCAAGCCCAAGGUGUACUGUACUGGCGGCAGGCCCUUGACUACUUGACACGACAGCUUUCUGUAUAUGCAUCCCACUCCCUAACCCCUUUCUCUUUCCUUUGUUACUUUAACCAUUGA